AUGCCCAUCGACGAGCUCCCUCCCGAAGUCUGCGACCGCAUCGCGCACUUCGCGCCGACCUGGCCUUCCCUCGUUGCGCUGAGCGCGACUUCGCGCGCUUUCCAGCGCGCGUCCGAACCGCGCAUCUACCAAACCGUGCACCUCACGUCGCCCUUGCCUGCGCUCGGCGCCUUCCGCACGCUGGCCAGCACCCCGCGCGUUGCCGCGCUCGUACGCACCUUCUGGCUCUCGCUCGAGCGCGCGCCGCACCAGCCAUACCCGCCCGCGCUCCCCACGGACUGGUGGACCGCGCUGCGCGACGCGCUCGCGGCCGUGCACGGCGUCACGACCCUCGUCCUCGUCGACCCGCGCCAGGCGAACUCGUGGGUGCUCGACCCCGCGCGCGUGCGCCUGCCCGCGCUCCGAGACGCGCGUCUCCGCCUCGGCUGGAGCGCCGAGACCGUCGCCUUCCUCGCCGCGCACCCGACGCUCCGCAGCCUCUCGCUGCCCGUCAACCCGCAGCAGAUCUUGCAGGACGCUCAGCCCGCGGCGCUUUCGCGCGAUGCGCUCCCUGCGCUGCAGAUGUUCGACGGCCCGCUGCGCGUCGCGACCGAGCUCGUCCCUGGCCCGUCGCCUCUCACGCACCUCCAGGUGCUGUGCGGCGCCCCUGGGCUGGAGGAGCCGCUGGUGCGGUGGAUGCCUAAACUCGGCGGCUUGUCGAAGACGCUGCGAUCGCUCAGCAUCUUGGGCCUGUCGCACGCGGCUGCAGAGCGGGUCAUGGAGCUCGCGGUCACGCAUUGCCCGCAGCUCGUGCACCUUGGCAUGAUCAGUCUGCCCGUCGAUUCGCGCAACGCCUUCCAUCGGCGCCUGACACGGCUUGGCUCCCUUCAGCAGCUGGAAGUAGAUAUCACCUAUUGGAAGCCUCCGCCAAACGGGCCCUACCAGCGAGCGUUGGCGAUGGAACUGCGCACUUUCUGCCCGACCCUGCGGAACGUCGUGUUCUGGCUGGAGCACCACCGCUUUUGGUGGUCAUUGGAGGAGGAUGUGCCAGGAGAGCCUGAAAUCUGGCUGGACGAGCAUCUGCAGCACCGUAAUCCGUUGCAGGAGACGUUCUGGAAGAUGUGUUGA